GUGAUUGUUCUUUCCUUGACAAUUCUUUAUCAAUUUUUCUCAGCAGAGCUAUGAUCGUCUCUAUUUACCAAAAUCUAAAAUCUAACAUUGUUUAUCUCUAAUUAAGUGCGAAUACUCGUAAAAGAUAAUCUAUCCGAUUAUUUUCAAUAAGAUUUGUUGAAAGUAGUUGCGAUCGUCUUCUCCAACUAAAUUUCGAAUAAUUUUAGCAGAUUGAUAAUAUUGUCGAAUUAAUGACUAAAAUCUAAAUAUUCUACGAUAAAUAGAUAAUUGUAGAUUUCUGAAAAAAAAUUGAUUUUAUUCUUAAAUGUAAAUAUGUUGAAUAAUGUUGUUGAUCAGAAUUGAAAAGAAGAAAAAAAGUGUUUUUGACAGUGACCUAUCAUCAUUAGUCAACAAAUAAUAAAUUGCUUUUUUCUAAAUAAGUUCGUUUCUGAUCAAAGAACAAAUUUUAUGAUUGAUCAAAUCGAUAAUUCACAAUUUAUUUAAAUCAAAAUCUGAGCAUCUAAUACGACUUUUUUUCAGUUCUUUUUCAAAUAAAUCUUUUUAUUCAAUUUCGAAGCAAAAGAUAAGUUUUUGACUGAGCUUGACAGUAAAAAAAGAAUAAAGGUUAGAGAGUGAUAAUCUGAUUGUUGAAAUUUAUGAUUUCGUGCAGGUAGAUUUUCAAUGUUUGAUAUAUUUAAGAAUGAACAAAAGUUUUGUGUUCUAUAUAAAUGUAAUUAACUUUUUAAUGAUUAUAUUUACCGAAGAUUUUUUUCCAAAGAUUUUAUCUGAUGAAAUACUUAUUUUAAUUUGUAUAUUUGUUACAGGUGCAUAGUUACGUAACUCUUUAUGUAAAAGAUGUGCCCAUCAGUAGAAUUGGUAAGAAAAAAAUUUUUUAUAAAAAAUCAAAUACUCGAGAAAAAAAAAUUGUUGUUAUUUUUUUUUUAAAAGAACCUGCUCAUCUAUUAUUUGUAACGGAUCUUUUACCACAUGAACAGUGUUUAUCAGUAUUAAAUAUUGUCUUAAAUCGUACAAAUAACAGUGAAAUAAUUGUUAAAUCAAAAGAACGUCUUAUAUUUCAUGUUGGUUUUCGUCAUUUUUCAACUUCACCGAUUUAUUCUCAACAUUCAGAUUGA